AUGGGACGCCGUCCAGCUCGCUGUUAUCGCUACUGUAAAAAUAAACCAUACCCAAAGAGUCGGUUUUGUCGUGGUGUCCCUGAUCCCAAAAUCAGAAUCUUUGAUUUAGGCCGUAAAAAAGCCAGCGUCGACGAAUUCCCACUAUGCAUUCACCUGCUCUCUGACGAACAUCAACAACUCUCCAGUGAAGCACUAGAAGCGGGACGUAUCUGUGCCAAUAAAUACAUCACAAAAGUGGCCGGGAAAGAUUCGUUCCAUCUGCGUGUGCGUGUUCAUCCAUUCCACGUUAUUCGGAUCAAUAAAAUGUUGUCAUGUGCCGGUGCUGAUAGAUUGCAGACCGGAAUGCGUGGUGCCUUUGGUAAACCGACUGGCACUGUUGCACGUAUCAAUAUUGGGCAGAUUAUUUUCUCUGUGCGUACAAAGGACGGCAAUAAGGCUACUGUUAUUGAGGCUCUUCGUCGUGCUAAGUACAAGUUCCCCGGUCGUCAAAAGAUUAUCCUCUCCAAAAAGUGGGGCUUUACAAAGUUAUCUCGCGAAGAGUAUGUGGAGAAACGUCAAGCUGGUCUUUUGCAGCCAGAUGGUGCUUAUGUAAAAUACCUAUCACAUCAUGGUCCUCUUGCCGCUCAUCUGAAUCAAAUCGCUGCUCUUGAUUAA